GGGGGCGGGGCCUUGGAGGAGCGCUCAGGCUCUGCUGCGGCCACCUCUGCCCGGGUCCUAGGAGCGACGGCGCGGCGGCGACCUCCGGGAAGAUGGCGGCGCCCUGGUGGCGAGCCGUGCUGUGCGGAAGUCGGAGAUGGCGAGGCUUCAGCACCUCGGCUGCCCGCAGCCGCCGGACCGCCCCGUUGGGGCCCAUGCCCAACGCGGACAUCGACGUGAGCAACCUGGAGCGGCUGGAGAAGUACCGGAGCUUCGACCGCUACCGGCGCCAGGCGGAGCAGGAGGCGCGGGCCCCGCACUGGUGGCGGACCUACCGGGACCAUUUCGGGGAGAAGUCAGAUCCCAAAGACAAGAUUGACAUUGGGCUGCCUCCACCCAAGAUCUGCCGGACCCAACAGCUGCUGGAGCGGAAACAGGUCCUCCAGGAGCUGCGGGCCAGCGCGGAAGAGGAGCGGGCCACCCGCCUCCGCACAGCACGGAUCCCGCUGGAGGCUGUGCGGGCCGAGUGGGAGAGAACCUGUGGCCCCUACCACAAGCAGCGUCUGGCAGAGUACUACGGCCUCUUCCGAGACCUGUUUCACGGUGCCACCUUCGUGCCCCGCGUCCCCCUGCACGUGGCCUAUGCCGUGGGUGAGGAGGACCUGAUGCCUGUGUACCACGGCAAUGAGGUCACCCCAACUGAGGCUGCCCAGGCCCCAGAGGUGACCUAUGAGGCAGACGAGGACUCCCGGUGGACACUGCUGUUCACCAACUUAGAUGGUCACCUGCUGGAACCUGAGGCCGAAUACGUCCACUGGCUGGUGACCAACAUCCCAGGAAACAGGGUGUCUGAGGGACAGGAGACGUGUCCCUACCUGCCCCCCUUCCCUGCGCAAGGCUCUGGCUUCCACCGCUUCGUCUUCCUGCUCUUCAAGCAGGACCAGCCAAUCGACUUCUCCGAGGACACCCGCCCGUCCCCCUGCUACAGGCUUGCCCAACGGACCUUCCACACUUUUGAUUUCUACAAGAAACACCAGGAAGCCAUGACCCCAGCUGGCCUAGCCUUUUUCCAGUGCCGCUGGGAUGACUCAGUCACCCACGUCUUCCACCAGCUUCUCAACAUGCGGGAGCCCGUGUUUGAGUUUGUGUGGCCGCCCCCUUACCACCCCAAGCAGAAGCGGUUCCCCCACCGGCAGCCCCUGCGCUACCUGGACCGGUACAGGGACAGUGACGAGCCCACCUAUGGCAUCUACUGAGGGGCUCAAGGACCCACCCACCUUCGAGGUGGGCUGGGCCUCCCAGGCCAUCUUCUCCAGCUCUGCCUGGUGAGAACAAUAAAGACACAGCUCCAGAGGGCCAAGAGGGGCUCCUGACCCCUGCCUGAGUCAGCCCCUCUGUGGGUCCCUAUCAGGCCCAAGGCUUGGGGAGGAGCUGGGCUCUUGAUGGCGCAGGUGGAAGGUGCGAAUAAAGGUGAUUUCUGCUGCG